AUGGGAUACGUGUGUGAAACACCUCGUCACCCACGCUCAGCAAACGAAGGAAGUCCUGAAAAUAUUCGGGAUGCUGAUGAGCUAACAGACGUCGGAUGUGCUAUAUUUGUCAUUUCUGGUUAUAGUAUAAAUGACAGGAAGAUUCUUACGUCCGAUAUGAAAUCUGUAGACAUCGACUAUAUCUUAAAUCUCUUCAAAGAUUCAGAUUGUCCUCAGCUCACUAACAAACCUAAACUCUUCAUCUUCAACUUGUACAACCUGAGUGAAGUUAUAACGACUUCAAGCAGUGAAACUCUAAAAGUGAAGCGGUUGACAGAUCCCCUCAGCGACAUGGUUUGUAUCUAUUCCAACAGCAUUGGUCUCAACUGCAUCCCGAAUGGGAAAGGAACAGCCUUUAACUGGUGUUUGUGUCGCACUUUGGCAGAGCAUGCUGCUGACCAGGAACUUUGUGAUUUUUACAGAGAAUUCCUGAAAGAGUACAAUGAGAGCUCUCCUAGUUUCUUACCCGAAUUGAGGUACUUUGGCUUCACCAAGAAAUUCUUCUUUAAUCCUAUGCAAGUUUAAUGAGAUCCUCUAUGAAGCAAGUUUUUAUAUGAUUUAUACACCAUUAAUUCAAUAGAUUUGCAAUGGCUUGUUAAUUGAGAUACUUGAAUUUUAAAUAU